GGUAUUUCUGAGAGAGAAUGAACAGCAACUAGAAUGGCAGAACAGGCCAGGCUUCCUGCCGAUGUGGUAGAAUACUUUCUGUUUCCAGAAACUCCCAUGUUUUUGGAGGAUGCAGAGCUGGAAGAGCUUCUGCUACGGAAACAUGACGAGUACAUGGCGAGUUUGAGCCAUCUCCUUAUUGACUACAUCUGGCAGAAUGAACCCUUCACUCUGAAGCCGGUCCUGGGAGAUGUGGAUUUGCCACCCCAUUUGUAUGGCCGUGUUCACUUUGGCGACAAUAUCGAUGAUGAGUGGUUCAUUGUCUACCUUCUCUUGGAGCUUACCAAACAGUUUCCAAACCUCAUCGUCAGAGUGAAUGAUAAUGAUGGAGAGUUCAUCCUUAUUGAAGCCGCAGAAGUGCUGCCUAAAUGGGCAAAUCCUGAGAGUGCAGAAAACAGAGUGUACAUGUACAAGGGCCAGGUGCAUCUUAUACCUAUCCCAGUCCCGGCGGAGAUGACCUCACUUCCUCUCUUCCUCUCUACCAUACGGGAUGCUGUCACCUGUGUACGAGAUAGUCCAUCAGACACCUGUGCAUCUGACGAGAUACAAACUGCGAUUCAUAACAAGCUCAGCUGGUUAUUUUCCGCAGAAGGCCUGGAGAGUAAGCACAGAACCCACUGUUAUGUUCCAGCAGCACUGGCUGCAGUAUUGAGCCACAAACCCAGCCUGAUAGCCCCAGCUGUACAGGCUUUCUACUACAGGGAUCCUAUAGACCUUAAGCUUCCCAGCCAAUCAGCUCCUCAUUUCAAGUCACAUGACCUUGGCAUGAAACUGGCCCAUGGAUUUGUGUUGUGCAGCAAGUGCUCAGAUAGUCAUGUUAAUGGCAACAGUGAGAGCAGUCCAAAGUCUGACAUGCGAUGGAAACGCUUUGUGAAGUCAUUAAGUGACAAGGGAUACUUUAAGGAUGAAAUACCAGGGUCACGUCUGUACCAGAAGUUACAGGAGAGCGCUUACAAGUUCUACACAGAGAAUGUAUUGGACCAAUCAAGCAAUACGUUGACCUCAGGACAGGAAAUCCUCAAGCUGCUGAACACUGUCAAAUUUGAUAUUGAGGCCAUGAGAAGAGCAGAGGCCUCAUUACCUCCCCCUGAUGAUGACAGCUGGCUGGACAUCAGUGCAGAGGAGCUAGAUGAGAUGUUAAUGAGACUAUCAGGGAGAGGAGAGCAAGUCCAGGACGGUCAUAUGGACAUGAGUCACAUUGCAGAGAGCAUGAAGACCUUUGUUGAAACAGUCUCUAGUCAUGAGGGAGCAGAGUUCCCUGCGGAGGCAACUGAUGGAGAUAUACAGUUUGACAGCACAGGUUUUAUCCACGCCAUGCAGAAAAUGUUUGAGUUUGAGGACGAUGCCAAGAGUGAGUCUGGUUCCAGUAUGAGUGAGUACGGCUGGGAGACAGAUUCUGAUGAUGAACUGGGCACUCCCACACGCAGGCAACCUGACCAUAAGGCCAGUCGAUCUGCCAAUACUACACCCUCAAAGCGGCCGUCUGUGCCUCCACCUCGCCCCCCGGCCCCUGCGGGUCGUCCCGGCACCAAGCCUCCCCGCCCCCCAGGCCCUAACCUUCCUGGGAAGCAGAAGGAUGGCAAAUCCCUAGAGGAAUAUAUGGAUAUGAUGGACAGGGAGCUAGCACAGACAGAGGUUGGCAAGAGUUUUGUGAGGGAGUCUCAGCCUGUUCCCAAACCCAGGAAGAAAAGACAGGUAAAUGGUGUGGCUAAUGACUCCCGGAAGGACAUUGAUGAUGAGGAUGAUGAUUUCACACCGGUUAACAUUGACCUGAACACAGUGAAGAACAUGCUGCACUCUUAUGAAGCUCAACAAGGUUUGCCUGGACCUGCCAGCAAUAUACUUAACAGAAUGGGCGUGACGCUGACAGACAGUGGACGGACAAACGGACAGUCAAAAUACAGCCCCUUCAAAUGAGCCAGUUAUGACUCUAUUGCUUUCCCUAUGGCUAGAUUACAGUGUUGUUACAGAUUUGUUUUGGUGUUACUACUCCAUGUACUAUUUUUUCUGAGCUGUGAUUUGGCAUUAUAUGUUAUAUAAAUCGAUAAUCUGCCAGGAAGCUGCAGAUGGUCGUGGGUUUCCCCCAGGCUCUGCCGGUUUCCUCCCACCAUAAUGCUGGCCACUGUUGCACAAGUGAAAUAUUCUUGAGUAUGGUGUAAAACACCAAUCAGAAAAAUAAAUAAAUAUAAAUCGACAUAUAUUUCACCUGUAUGUCAAUUCUAAUGACCUUUGGCCUUAUGUUGAAUAUGAAUAUUCAACAUAUUUCACUCAUAUGUUGCACAUUUUGCCUGAUUCUGAAAGUUCCAUUCAUCUUGUAAUCAUCUUGUUUAGAAGAAAAGGGGAUAACCAGCUGGAAAAUGUAAGUCUUGGCACCAAAACUAAUAUUGUACUACAUUUUCUAAAAAUUCUUUUUUUUAGGCGAAAUUUAAGGUGAUUUCUCGUACUUAGAGCUCAGGUUAUAGUGGGUCAGUAUUUAAAUUAGGCAGGCGCAUGCAGCUUUCAAACA